UUAAACGAAUUUAGGAGAACCAAAGGUCAUUAAACAUUUCACAUUUCUCCACAGUGCCCAUGACAGAAACCGCAUUACCACGCUGUAUCUCUAAAGACAGCCGCUGUCGAAGAAAUUCAUGUGAGCGGGCUUCUCCGGAAUGAAGCCGUAAUCUCUUUCCCAGUUCUUUGAUGAUAGCAAUGGCCUUUAAUUGCUUCUGGUGCGCUAUUGCGGACUGGUAGCCGUCCGCCCAUUUCGCUUUGAACCCAGAAAAAGUUAUUUUCUGUAGGAUACGUAUUGUGAUAACACAACGUUAUCUGGGAUUCUGGCUUAGAGCGCUUAAUGCACAACUAUGUAGCAUGAGUUGCAACGUACAAUCAUAAUAUGAUACUGUAAUUAAUUUUAUACAGGUACGUAUACUCUUUUAUUCCACACCCCGCAGCAAUAGUAAAAUUCGUCAACAGUAAAAUUCGCAAUAGUCUCGUUCAAAAUAGUAAAUUUUGGUGUUUGUUUACUUACUUUAUAAGCUUAUGAAUAAAAGCUUGUUAAUAAUUUCGUUGCAAUUAAACUUGUUACUGGCUAUGAGACCAAUAUACGGAAGUCAAGCUGCCGACUUUGAAGAUUGCAUGGUAGCUAAAUAGAUCGACCUGAUAAAAUGUCGUGCUAAGCUUUUCCUGCGAGUCGUUCGGCAUUAAUUGAACAUUCUUAUGCAAUACUCCUAGCGAUUCACACGGCUGAUACUGAUACGCAUCACCACUAACGACCCGGUAAGUAUUCCCAGUUUCCCAUGUUGCGGAGUGGAAAAAUUCUUAGUUACUGACACCAGAUCCCUUAAAGAACUUUCCACAAGAUGUCCUCUGCGAGAAAGGCUAUUCUCAUAGGGUUAACAGUGUGCUGUUGUGCCCAUAUUGAAGGACAGACUAUUCCCAAGGCCAUCCAACCGGAUCCUGAUCAUUUGUGGAUUGGCAGCUGGGAAUCAGUGGAUGGACGAUUUACCACCAGCGACGACCAGUUGAAGGACCUGAAUGCUCCGCACUAUAUCGAAGGCGGCAAUGUGAGAGUGUACCGGCAUCUGUGGAAGGAAGGUGGCCAGUUUCAUCAUGCGGUGGCUGUUCCCGAGCGGAAUUUUCAAGCCGUAUUCCAGUUUACGUUGGGACAAGAAGCAACACUCAAUGUUAACGGCACAGAAUAUCGGUUUACAUAUACCGAGGAAAAUGGUGAUUUACACGCUACAGUGAAUGUACCAAAGAAAAAUAGCAAAUUUCAUGACAAGUAUCAUGUGGUGGGCGAUGAACUGGUGAAAACAUUUACAAGAGGCACAUGGGAAGCCAAGCGGUGGUUCCGGAGAACAUCGCCAAGUCCAGUGAAAUCUCCUUAAUUGUACAACAGCUGGGCAAGACAAAUCUGCAUAUUUGCAGUUGUUAAUUCAUAUUAUUUUUUGUUACUUGUAUGAUUGUACUGUAUGUACAUGUACCAACUGCACAAGCAGCCAGUGAAACAAUAAUCUGCGGUAGUCCUCGUUA